AUGGCGGCGCGGGCGCAGGCCCAGGCCCGUGAUGGUGGUGCGCAGCUGGCAGGACCCGCGGCAGAGGCCGACCCCCUGGGCCGCUUCACGUGUCCCGUGUGCCUGGAGGUGUACGAGAAGCCGGUGCAGGUGCCCUGCGGACACAUCUUUUGCUCUGCAUGCCUGCAGGAAUGUCUGAAGCCGAAGAAGCCUGUCUGUGGGGUGUGUCGCAGCACUCUGGCACCUGGCGUCCGAGCCGUGGAGCUCGAGCGGCAGAUUGAGAGCACAGAGACUUCUUGCCAUGGCUGCCGUAAAAAUUUCUUCCUGUCCAAGAUCCGGGCACAUGUGGCUACCUGUUCCAAAUACCAGAAUUACAUCAUGGAAGGUGUGAAGGCCACCACCAAGGACGCGUCUCUUCUGCCAAGAAGUGUCCCAAACCGUUAUACUUUUCCUUGUCCUUACUGUCCUGAGAAGAAUUUUGAUCAAGAAGGACUUGUGGAACACUGCAAGUUAUCCCAUAGCACGGACACCAAAUCUGUGGUGUGUCCCAUAUGUGCCUCAAUGCCCUGGGGAGACCCCAACUACCGCAGCGCCAACUUCAUCGAGCACCUGCAGCGCCGGCACCAGUUCUCCUAUGACACCUUCGUGGAUUACGACGUGGAUGAGGAAGACAUGAUAAACCAGGUGCUGCAGCGCUCCAUCAUCGACCAGUGA